AAGCUCAUGUUGAGCACGCAAGCUUGAGAGCAACGCAUCCAAAUUCUCCAAGUCUGCAGAUACCUGGAUCUUAUCGUUCAAAUAAUCUUCUGCUCGGGCCCGUUCAUCUGCAGACAGACUUGCUGCGGAGGUCGCCAUGAUGGUUGCCGCGGGGGAGUGAAGCGCAAUGUGUUGUGAUCUCCGCUUAGUGACAGUAAGAGCUUAAGCGGUGGCAUGUGGAGCUCGCGUUCCAGACACUGCCAACUCCGCCUCAGCAACGUCAUUGUUAUCCAGCCGUACAAAAUACUUGGUCUGCGAGCGAGACGAGACCAGCCAGGCUGAGGAUGACUUUAAUUCUGUGCGCUGGAUCUACCUAGAGGGUAAGCAAUGCCCAGUCCUACCAAAAAACGCAAGAGGAAUGGCCCAGAUCCGAUCCAACAGACACGGAGCAUUGCGUCGUUCUUCCAAGGCCAGGCUUCUUCAGCUGCUAAACAGAGAGAGGAAGCACCUGAUUCCAUCACAGAAGAUCCAGAGCAGUCACUGUCGGAUGAGGCUCUUGCUAGGAAGCUCCAGGCAGAGUGGAACCGUGAAGAGGCUGCAGUAGAUGAACAUCCGGUCUCGCAAGAGGACUCCGCGCCACCACUAGCAACCUCAUCGACUUUAGAGAUUACCAGAUUAUCAGACUUAUCAACAAAAAGAUUGGUUGAAGUUCCGGGAAAGAAUACGCUUGCACUGCAGUCCUCCGUCGGUACGGAAGAUACGAUCUCUCUCGGUAUUCCUUUCGAUGAGAGUCCGUUGACUUUCAAGCCAUCGAAAUACGUGGAUGCACUACAAGUGCAUUGGGAAGCUCAGGGUGGUGAUGCCACAUAUGCAUUAUUGACAAGGGCCUUUGUGCUUGCAAACAGCACUACGAGCCGGAUCAAGAUCGUCGACACGCUGGUCAACUUCCUGCGAGUUUUAAUAGAAGGGAACACUGCCAGUCUUUUGCCUGCGGUAUGGCUUGCUACAAAUUCUAUCUCCCCGCCAUAUAUCGACCUGGAGCUGGGAUUGGGAGGAUCAGCAAUCUCAAAGGCGUUAAAAAAGAUAUACGGCUUGAACAGCCAGGGGCUCAAAACUCUCUAUGACAAAUAUGGAGAUGCCGGGGACGUGGCCUUCGAAGCAAAGAAAAGGCAGAGCUUCACUUUGGUAAAACCGAAGCCUCUCACUAUUCAGGGUGUGUACCAGUCAUUGAAGAAGAUUGCUAUGACAAAGGGUGCGGGUAGUCAGGAGACGAAGCAGCGAAUUGUCGAGAAACUUCUCCAAGAUACGCGAGGGGCUGAAGAAAGCCGUUACAUCGUCAGAACCUUGGUACAGAAUUUGCGUAUUGGCGCAGUGAAGACUACCAUGCUCAUUGCGCUUUCUCGAGCAUUCACCUAUUCCAAACCAGAAGGGGCAACGUUUCCUAUACGUCCUCUAGAUCAUCUUGCACGGCUGAAGAAGGAAGAGCUGGCUGGGAUCCAUAACGCUGCCGAAGAGAUUGUGAAAGCCUGCUAUGCCAGACACCCAGACUACAAUGAUCUUGUCCCUUGCCUCCUUGAGGUCGGAGCCACAGACGAACUCCUUGUGCGGUGCGGCCUGGAUUUGCACGUGCCUUUACGACCGAUGUUGGGUAGCAUCACUCGAGAUCUGUCUGACAUGCUCACAAAACUCCAAGGACGAGAUUUCAGCUGCGAGUACAAAUAUGAUGGGCAGCGUGCACAAAUUCAUUGUGACGUUAAAGGAAAGGUGUCAAUCUUUUCUAGACAUUUGGAACUGAUGACCGAGAAGUAUCCUGAUCUUGUCUCUCUCGUGCCUCAACUAAGAGGAGAGGGCGUCUCGAGCUUCAUUCUCGAAGGAGAAGUAGUCGCCGUUGACCAGGAGUCUGGAGAGCUUCAGCCUUUCCAGAUUUUGACGAACCGCGCCAAAAAGAAUGUCGAUGUCGGUGCCAUCAAAGUCAAUGUAUGUCUCUUUGCCUUCGACUUGAUGUUUCUCAACGGAGAGCCAUUACUGGACCGUCCAUUUCGUGAGCGACGAUCGCUUCUACGGAGUCUUUUUGUCGAGAUCCCCAAUCGAUUCACGUGGGUCAAGAGUAUAGAUGCGACAUCUGCCGAUUCAGAAGCGGUUCUCGAAUUUUUCAAGAGCGCAACCGAUACUAAGUGCGAAGGCAUCAUGGUCAAAGUUCUCGAUAAUAACAAACCAAGCACAAUCCAAAGCCAUGAUGCAGCCUUUGUCGACGAUUCUGAUGCGGCGGACCAAUCUUUCCCGCCCGGAAAUGAUGAUUCCACAAAUGCAGCUCAAUCGACAGAGACAAGAGAAAAAGGCAGCCGACGCAAAGCUCUGUUAUCCACCUAUGAACCAGACAAACGCCUCGAAUCCUGGCUCAAGGUGAAGAAAGAUUACAGCACAUCCUCCGAGACUCUGGACCUUAUACCAGUUGCAGGCUGGCACGGCCAGGGACGGAAGGCAAAGUGGUGGUCUCCGAUCCUCCUCGCAGUCCGUAAUCCGGAGACAGGGGCUUUUGAGGCCGUAACCAAAUGUAUGUCUGGAUUUACGGACAAGUUCUACCAGGCCAACAAAGAAAAGUAUGCUGAGGGCAGCUCCAACCUCAUCUCGCGCCCAAGCUACGUCGAGUACUCUGGCGAGCCAGACGUUUGGUUUGAGCCCCAGGAAGUGUGGGAAAUGGCCUUUGCGGACAUCACGCUCAGUCCGACCUACACGGCUGCGAUCGGUUUAGUGAGCGAGGAGCGUGGGCUAAGUCUGCGCUUCCCCCGCUUUCUCAAAGUCCGUGAGGAUAAGUCCAUCGAUGAAGCAAGCACAUCCGACUAUCUUGCUCUUUUAUGGCGCAACCAAAGCGACCGCUCCAAGGAACCUGCUACCGGCGAACCAGAACAGCUCGGCUGGCAAGAAGAGUAAUCUUCUCCAUGGAAUAGUUCUCAAUCUAGCCUAACUCUUGAAUAUCUUUUUCCGCUAUCAAACAGAGGCUCCUAGCUGUCGCUGCCAGUGGAACGCGGGGUACUAGCCAUUUCCGCAUGGCAGAGAGACAGCAAACCUGCACGCUCAAAGGCUACGAAGUAUACUGAUGUGCCACCAGAAGUACAGAGUAUGGAGUACUUAAUUCUAGAUGGCUAUAUAGUUAUAUAUGUUCUAUAGUAAUAGUCAGGAUUCCUUUUAUAGAUAACACUGGCAGUCAAUCAAUUAAACAAAAUCUCAC